AUGGCCCCCAAAGAAAUAACCAUAACCUCCUUCUCAACCCGCGAUGUCCGCUUCCCCACCUCCCUAGACAAAACCGGCUCCGACGCCAUGAACGCGGCAGGAGACUACUCAGCCGCCUACUGCAUCCUCGAGACCGACUCCGACCUCACCGGCCAUGGCAUGACCUUCACCAUCGGCCGCGGAAACGACCUCGUCUGCGCCGCCAUCUCCCACCUCGCCCCCCGCAUCCUCCACACCCCCCUCUCCUCCCUCGUCGGCACAAACUUUGGCGCCACCUGGCGCCACCUAGUCAACGACUCCCAGCUCCGCUGGAUAGGCCCAGAAAAAGGAGUCAUCCACCUCGCCCUCGGCGCGGUAGUCAACGCGUUGUGGGAUCUAUGGGCCAAAACCCUCAACAAACCCGUCUGGAGGGUAGUAGCAGACAUGACCCCAGAAGAAUUCGUCGCCUGCAUCGACUUCCGCUACAUCACCGACGCCAUCACCCCCGAGGAAGCCCUCUCCCUCCUGCAGUCAAUGCAAGAGGGUAAGCCCGAACGAAUCGCCCAGGCGGAAAAAAACGAAGCUGUACCCGCGUACACCACUUCCGCGGGCUGGCUUGGUUACGACGAAUCCAAAAUGAGGAGAUUGCUCCAGGAAACAGUCGCACAGGGGUACAGGCACUUCAAGCUCAAAGUAGGCGGGUCACUACAGGAAGACAUCAAACGGUUGACCAUCGCCCGUCAAGUCCUCGACUCAUCACCCACCCCGGGAGAGAAAAUCCUCAUGGUGGACGCCAACCAGAUCUGGAGCGUGCCCGAGGCGAUCGAGUACAUGAAAUCCCUUGCGGGUUUCAAACCUUGGUUUAUUGAAGAGCCGACUUCUCCUGAUGAUGUCCUGGGGCAUCUGGCUAUAAGAACUGCGCUGAAACCCUACGGCAUCAAGGUCGCCACGGGGGAGAUGUGCCAGAACAGGGUCAUGUUCAAGCAGUUCCUCAUGUCGGGCGCCAUAGACGUUUGCCAGAUUGACGCCUGUCGGCUGGGUGGUGUCAAUGAGGUUCUUGCGGUGAUGCUGAUGGCGAAGAAGUUUGGGGUUCCGAUCGUGCCGCAUAGUGGUGGGGUCGGGCUGCCGGAGUAUACGCAGCACUUGUCGACGAUUGACUAUGUGGUGGUGAGCGGGCAGAAGUCCGUGUUGGAGUAUGUGGAUCAUUUGCAUGAGCAUUUUGUCUGGCCGAGUGUCAUUGAAAAGGGGUAUUAUGUCACGCCUACGCAGCCGGGGUAUUCGGUUCAGAUGAGGGGGGAGAGUAUGGAGCGGUUUGGGUAUCCGGGGGAGGAGGGGAAGAGUUGGUGGAGGGGGGAGGAGGCGAGGGGGAUUUUGGAGGGGGAGAAGAUUUGA